AAUUCUCGAUAGCUGGAACAUACAAAAAUCCCCGUUUUAGCUUCACGUCUAACUUAUAACAUCACAUAAACCCAGGCAAUGUCAUCUACACAUGCCACUCUAGGCGCCGCAGCAGAUGAGCGCAAAGCGCGACUCGCAAAACUCAAAUCUCUGAAAAGAAAGCAACCAGCCGACGAAAUCGUAGCACCAGAAUCCACACGCUCGCCCUCACCACCAGCCUCCCCAGAUGUCGCAAAACUACACCUCUCGGGACGAAACUACGAUGCUGAAGCCAAAGGUCCCAAGCUUGGUUUUGAGGCCCCUCCCACAUUAGCGCUUGAGAAACCUACACUUGAGCAGCAAGCUGCAGAGGUUGAGAAGGAAAUUAGGAAGAAGGCGGAGGAAGAGGAACAGGAUGAUAAGGGGGUGGAUCUAUUCAAAUUACAGCCUAAGAAACCUAAUUGGGACUUAAAGAGGGAUUUGGAAAAGAAAUUGGAGGUUCUAAAUGUACGGACGGAGAAUGCGAUCGCAAGGCUAGUGAGGGAACGAAUUGAAAGCGCACAAAAGGCGGCUAGGAUGAAGGGUGGGAAGGGCGCAAUAAAUGCAACUGAGGAUGGAGAGGAGAUGGGAAUGGAAGGUGUUGCCUUGGUGGAGGGAGUCAAGCUACGGGAAAAGGAAGAGGAAGAAGAAGAACGAAGGGAGAAAGAGGAUGAAGAUCUACAAUGAGAUCAACGUCGAGAUUUUUUAAUCGAUUGUACAAAAAGCGUUCUUUUCCGUAACAGGCAUACUAUAAGGGCGUAUGGGCGUCUUAAAAAUU